UAUUCCACGAAAUGCAAUAGAAACAUGUACGCGCGUAAUGACGACAAAACCAUCGUAUCCAAGCGUUGUGCGUAAGGUCCCAUUGAGAAGAAGAGCAGAAGAUGGCGAGUUCAAACAAUCCACGUAAAUUUAGCGAGAAAAUCGCUUUACAUAAUCAGAAACAGGCGGAAGAGACUGCGGCUUUUGAAGAGGUGAUGAAAGACCUAAACAUUACUAGAGCUGCACGGUUGCAGUUACAGAAGACCCAGUAUUUGCAACUAGGGCAGAAUCGUGGACAGUACUAUGGAGGCUCACUGCCCAAUGUCAAUCAGAUUGGAAAUAGCAACAUUGACCUGCCUUUUCAGAAUUCCACCUUGGACAGCAGUCGGUCGACCAGGCACCACGGACUGGUAGACCGCGUUUACCGCGAUCGGAACCGAAUCACCUCCCCGAACCGCCGGCCCCUCUCUGUGGACAAACAUGGCCGCCAGAUUGACAGCUGCCCCUAUGGCUCAGUGUACCUCUCACCCCCACCGGAUACCAGUUGGAGGAGGACGAACUCCGACUCAGCCCUACACCAGAGUGCCAUGAACCCUGUGCCCCAGGACUCAUUUACAGGGGGUUCACAAGAGCUCCAGCCUAAACAAGUGCUGCUGCUUACAGUUCCUGGGACUGAAGAGUCUGAAUCACUCGCAGACAAGGAUACACAGUGGGGUAACAAAAAGAAUGACUCAAGACCCAAGUCUUGUGAAGUCCCCGGGAUCAAUAUAUUUCCAUCACCUGAUCAGGAAGUGAACACGUCAUUGAUCCCGGCCACGCUCAACACAGGAGGCUCCCUGCCCGAUCUGACCAACAUCCAGUUCCCUCCACCACUGCCCACUCCACUGGACCUGGGCGAAACGUUGGUGUUUCCUUCCCUUAGCACCUCCAACAGCACGGGCAACCUGACAACCAACCUCACCCUCCUAGGCAUCAGUGCUGCCAGCCACGGGAUCCCAACCACCGCUCAGCCUACCGUGACGGCCCAGCGCAGGCAGUCCACCCUGGUCCCCCUAACCCUAAACGCCAACCCACAGCAGUCACCGCAGCAGCUCUCCCCCACCCUAUCGCCCCCUCUCAACAUCCAGGCAAUGGCGAUGGACGCCUUGACUCUGGAGCAGCAGCUAUCCCAGUACGCCUUCUUUAGCCAGCUGACAGCGCAGUCCCAGGCCCAAGUGCUCAAUGACCUGCAGCAGCAAGCCCUGCCCCAGGGUAUCAGGCUAAUUACCCUGGCCACCACCACUGCCUCCACAGCCACCCAGUCCUCCCCAGUCAGCCAGAUCGCGACGACUGUCAACGUCAACUCGCACAUUCCAGUGGUGGGCAGUAUAUUUGGGGAUUCUUUCUACGACCAGCAGCUAGCAUCAAGGCAGACCAAUGCUCUCUCCCAUCAGCUCGAACAGUUCAAUAUGAUUGAGAACCCAAUCAGCUCCAAUAGCCUGUACAGCCAGUGCUCCACCCUCAACUACACACAAGCAGCUAUGAUGGGCCUCACAGGGAGCAGUCUGCAGCCGUUGGGCUACGGUAGCCAUGGCAACAUCCCAAACAUCAUCCUCACAGUGACAGGCGAGUCUCCACCCAGCCUCUCUAAGGAGUUAACCAACUCACUGGCCGGCGUCGGCGAUGUCAGCUUCGACGCGGACUCUCCGUUCCCAUUGGACGAGCUGAAGAUCGACCCCCUCACCCUGGACGGACUGCACAUGCUCAAUGACCCCGACAUGGUUCUGGCCGACACUGCCACUGAGGACACGUUCAGGAUGGAUAGGCUGUAAUACAGAAUGCUGUCAGUGGCCAACAACAAAAAAGAACCCUAGGAAGAAAGGGAAACCAGGCAUGGCCAUUCAGCUAUUCAACCUCGCACUCACCCUCAAGUCCUUUGAAAUGAUGAGCCACCAAAACCCAUUGUGGAGAAGGACAUGCAAUGGCUUGUUAAGGUCAGGAAUGGAAUUGUCAUUUCCAAUGAGAUUGUUGGUUGGUCAGUGCUUUGCUAGCUUGCUGCGUUAACUAUCUCUAAUUUCUUACCAUAUAUCCCACAGUGUCACACUUGAUAAAAGAUUGUAUAUCUCCUUUUUAUUUUGUUUUUUAUUUUUCUACAAAUCUACAUGCAUUUAAAAAGCCACUAGGAAGGUGAGCUGCACCAUACCUAUUAUCAUUCCUUACCAACCAUAUAAGCUUUAUACUUCACACUCAAAGCUUUAUUUUUAUUGACAACCAAAUGUUAAUGUUUGCGUUAUGCGUAUGAUAGAUUUUUAUUUAUUGAAAUAUUUAUUACUUCAGUUGAAUGUUUUUUGUUGCAUUUCAAAAUGUGUUUGAGUUUGAAGCCAAUGUCUAUGCUCUAACUGUAUUGUGCAAACUACACUGAUUAUGGAUCUAUUAAUUUAAGUUACAUAUUUAUGUAUUGAGCUGCUCUGUUAAACUUAAGGAGUACAAAUCCUCCCCAUGUUUGCUCUUACGGUUGCCAGUUGCAACGACAUCUCACUAGAUAUAAUCAGAUAAGGCCUCUUAAAAUAUAGGAUAGGAUCUGCAAUUGUGUUUUCAUCACUUACAUGGGCCCGCAAUCGUUGGGUUUCAUCUUGUGCCAAUGCUGUUUUUAAAUGUAUCUUAACUAAUAAAAAACGGAUUCAACAGAUGCUUAUAAGCUUAAGCAAAUGUGACAAUGUAAACAUGGAAAAUGCAAAUACCCAAACUAGAUGGCCAUAAUUCUCCUUUGCAUGUAAAUCCAGAUUGAAUGCCUCCUGAAAAUCUGAAGGAUACAAACUCCUCAGAAACCUGUUGAACUUGUCACUGUGAGAUCACCUGAUUUUGCCUUACAUAUUGAGUAUUGUACUGUUUUUAAGUGUAACUAAUGUGACAGUGUAUUUUCUUAACUUCUAACAUUUUCUUGUAUUUGAGAGGAUUUUUAAAUCCUAGUCAGUGACAAUAUUUGUGGUUAUGUAGUGUAAAGUUUGACAAAUCACUGUACUGUAUUUUGUACUGGUACACUUUCUAAAUGAGUUAUAGGUGUUUUGUAAAAAAAAAAAAAAAAAAAAGAAAUGUUGAUUUCAAAUUUGUGAUGGAGAGUGCAAAUAUGGGGAGGCUUUCUUCUCCUUAAAGGGAAACUUACAAAAGCAAAUACAAUUGUCAUGAUAAAAAACAAUGUUACUUAGAAUUCAUAUUUGGUUCUUCCCUCCAGAUUAGGGGCUGGUAGAAAAUUAUUUGAACCAUUCCAUGUUAUGCUCCUAGCAAAAUGAGUCCCAAAACACAUGUAGAACUUUGCAAAAGAGGUUCAAAUGGGCAGAGCUUUUGUCAAUUUAAAAAAAAAAUGUUUUACCUUUAUUUAACUCGGCAAGUCAGUUAAGAACAUAUUCUUAUUUUCAAUGACGGCCUGGGAGCAGUGGGUUAACUGCCUGUUCAUGGGCAGAACGACAGAUUUGUACCUUGUCAGCUCGGGGGUUUGAACUCGCAACCUUCCGGUUACUAGUCCAACGCUCUAACCACUAGACUACGCUGCCGCCCCUAUAUGCUAACUUGUAGAGCUGAAAUACUUUAACUUUUUAUUUUACUCUAUCUUCAUAUUCUGACAUUUCCGUUUUGAAAACUAAUAUAGCGAGAUGGAAGUAAGUGAAGAGCAAAUUGGCUAAAUUGGAUGUUUCCUUAUAUGGGCUGAGAAUGUGUCAACCAUUUAGUGUCAAGUGUCAACCAUUUAUAAAGAACACAAUAUUACAUUUUUUUGUUUCUCAACAUUUGACAUUUUUAUACUGUAGCUAUGUUUGAUCAUGUUUCUACUGUACUGUGUGUGUGUAUAUACAGAAAAUGUUAAUGUUACUUUUUAACUAAAUCCCAAUGUGGGAAGAGACAUAGUUACCCAACUAUGAGUUAAUGAUAAGUACAAAUAUAUAUUUGAGAAAGAAAGAAUAUUUGAUUCUUACGCAAAUCGGAAAUGAGAAAUCAUACCAUUGUAUCACUAGAAUAUGUUGAAAUGCACCGUUGUAUAAAAAACUGUUUGAGCCAAACUGCAAUACUCCAGUAUGCUACUUUCUACAGUGCCAUCCAGAUUAAUUCGCUGCAAAUUAUUUUUUUCAUUUUUGUUUGUCUGAACAUUUUCCAAAAUGUGCGUUCUGAUAUCCUGUACAUAGGCUAUAGCUGAAACAAAAUGACCGCAUGACAAAAAUGGAAGUGACCCUCAGAAAAAGGCCUUCAAAUCAAGUGUUUGGUCACACAUAUUUAGCAGAUGUUAUUGCGGGUGUAGCGAAAUGCUCGUUUUCUAUACAGUUUUGAUUUAAAUUGCGCUCUACAAUGUAGUAAAAACAGAGAACACCACAUCAAAAAUGAUGCAUGUGUCAGUUGUUCCUAAUGAUUCAUGUAAAUGGUUACUUUUCAGAUGACUGUGUUGCCUCCAUGUAUGCAUAAUGCUAGCGCAUUGCUGAAAAAAGAAUGUAUUUGUUUAAGGUCUUGGAAUUUCUGUUUCAACAAAUGACAUAAGCCAAAAGCAUUUUUCUUGAAUAUCUCUUACUACCAUCCAUUUGUUGUUCAAUUGAAUUGGAAAUUCACAUUGCGUUCUCCUCAAAUAAUCAAAUCAAAACAAUGUUGAUAAAAGCCAAAUAGUUGAUGUGAUUUAUAGCAUGCAUGUUGUAAUUAGUUUGAUGCAACUUUUUGUCUUCAAAUGAUCACCCAAAUUACUGAGCUACAAGUGUGAACUGAAAGGGAAAAAUGAUGGAAUAAGAUGUUGUGCAUCUUUUCCAUUCCUUUAAGACUGAGGCACACACUGAAUAGCUGGAGCUACAGAACAUUAGGCUUGGGCCAUGGACUCCACUUGACAUUAGACCACAAUAUAACAUCUUUGGACAAAUUUAGAUUUUGGAGUGAACUGUCACUUUACUGGUCUGGCAAGAGUGGAGAAAAAAAACAGUUUCACUAGCUACUUAAAUAUGCCGCUUACAGUAGCGGUCAAACUUGGCACUGUUUACGAUCUUUAAAAAAUAAGUUGAAAUUGGAAAAACUGUUGGUUUAAGUGUAUUUGUUUGAUUUACAUCUGCACAUGACCAAGAGAGAAAAUGAAAUUGAGAUUUUUAACUUAAGUCAAAAAAUUGAUGGACUGAAUUAUUCAAAUGAAUUUGGUUGGAGGCAAGUGAUUUCUCUUUUACUGUGUAAUUUUUCACCUGUGGUAAGUUGCAGGUGCCUACAGGGUAAAAAAAAUAGCCAUUCAAACCAUUUUGAAAAGAGAACAUUCUGCUCCAUUGCACUCAAUUGUAAAGUGCCUAUAUAUUUGACUGUACUCUCUUUGCAGUAAAACUUGACUGUCAAGAGAGCUUACUGUCAGUUGCAUGACAUGACAGAUGUUAUAAGUAGUCCCUAUUGCUGAUACGGGUUUAUUGAAAAUGAUUCAGCACUAUCAUGUUGACUUCAGCAGUAUGCGUAUGAACUAUGGCAAGCUAGCUAACAUAAAUUGAGGCAUGUUUUGAAAUCAAUUCUAAACACAUAUCAGUUACUGUGACUGCAUACAGUAAGACAUAUUCUAUGUAAGGUUUAACAAACAUGUUUGUAUUGUAUGUGUUCGUUCUUAUUCUGUUGCUUUCUCACUUUAGUUAUGGUCACCUGCCUUGUGAACAGUGACUGUUCUGUCAAUGCUGACUGUUUUACCCCAAAUUUGAAGAAAGCGUAUAUUCUUUUCUUUUUGUAAAGCCGGUCAUUUUAAAUGUGACUUGGAAGCAUAUUCCUUAUUUUGGGAAGCAAAACCAGAAAGGGCUUAUUCCAAUGCAGCUUGUUUUCCCAUCGUGUUAACAAAAAAAAUAGCACUCAAUAUAUUGUCGAUCAAUAUACCAUACUGCUCUGCAUAUGCAUGGGAAGUGGAAAUCUAAUAAGGUGAUGUGGACUCCUGUGUUGACAGUAGUUAUUGAAAUCAACUGACUGAAGUGAGAAUGUUAUCUUGAUUCUCACUAAGUAUACUGUCACUGCCUGAGGACCUGUCACCACAAAUUCCCUCAACUAAUAAGGUAAACAUUGAGCAAUUGCAAAGGAACUUAAUCUCAAGUGAAUGAAGAAUUUGGUUUUGUUACCCAUACUUUAAAUGCAUUAGUAUGAAUCCAUAUAAUUGCCUCUAGGACAGUUGAUGUUGGAAAAACUAAAAUUACACUUUUGGAAAGUAUUUUCAGUUAGUAAUGUAAAGAAAAUCUCUUCUUGGUCAGCUUUGGUAUCACAUAUUUAACCAUUGUCCUGUAAAUCAUAUUCAGAGAUGUAUUUCUUUGUUGCUAUGUGAAACUACGUAUGUGGCCCAUUUGUAAGAUGAAACUUGAAUGUGGAUGGCAUCUUUUUCCUGUACAUAGUCUCAAUAUCAAAUAAAACUAAUUUUCACCAA